AUGAACCUCAUCCUUGUGAAAGCGGAUGAUAUCCGUGAUGAGGGUAUAGAUAAAUUUGUUGAUAUCACUGACAAGCGACGAGUUGCACAUAUAAGAUACGUUUUGAAGGCCGAUGUCGGCAAGGAGUUGAGAUUCGGUAUCGUCAAUUCGACGCUCGACACUGCUAUUGUCACUGAGGUCACACCUAAGGUUGUGACCUUGAAACUAUCGGAAUCAUUUCAGAGGCACCAAGAGCCAGAGGAACCAGUAGUUGAUCUGGUCGUUGGUAUCCCUAGACCUAGGUCACUGGACAAACUAUUGCAGUAUUCAGCCAGUAUGGGUGUUGGUUGUAUCAAGUUGGUUUGUUCAUCACGUGUUGAGUUGGAUUAUUUAAAAUCCCAUCAAUUGGAGCCUGAUAAUUUGGAAGCAUCUCUGAUGCUUGGUAUGGAGCAGGGGGUUUCUACCUAUAUGCCGCGAAUUGAGUUGUUUAAGUCAAUGGGUGCUCUGCAGAGGCAUUUACAGCAGUGUCCCAGCGGUAUCAGGCUCAUCGCACACCCCGGUACGGACGACACCUUAGGUUCCUUGGGUAUAACGGAACACCUGAUUGGUCCUAUAUUGGUCGCCAUAGGUCCCGAGGGUGGUUGGCUGGACCAUGAAGUGGAUUUCUACAGUAGCCUUGGAUUUAUGAAAUUUAAUAUAGGUGAGCGUAUCCUUAGGGCAGAGGUUGCGGCCGUUGCCAUUAUAGCACAGUUGCAACUGUUACUAUCAGACAAGAUUUUACGUCGAGGGAGGCAACUUGCCAUUCGAAACAGUAAACUUUGA